AGGCCUCCUGGUUAUUCCAACAUGAACCAAGGAGGAAUGAUGGGUACUGGACCUCCUUACGGACAGGGACUUAACAGCAUGGCUGGCAUGAUCAACCCCCAGGGCCCACCUUAUCCCAUGGGUGGAAAUAUGGCUAACAACUCAGCAGGGAUGGCAGCAAGUCCUGAAAUGAUGGGUCUUGCGGAUGUCAAAUUAACUCCUGCAACUAAAAUGAACAAUAAGGCUGAUGGGACCCCAAAAGCAGAAUCCAAGUCGAAGAAGUCCAGUUCCUCUACUACAACCAAUGAGAAGAUCACGAAACUCUAUGAGCUGGGUGGUGAGCCUGAGAGGAAGAUCUGGGUAGAUCGUUACCUGGCCUUUACUGAAGAGAAGGCCAUGGGCAUGACAAACCUCCCAGCAGUUGGCAGAAAACCCUUAGACCUUUACCGGCUCUACAUUUCAGUGAAGGAGAUAGGAGGAUUGACUCAGGUCAACAAAAACAAGAAAUGGCGUGAGUUAGCCACAAAUCUCAAUGUGGGCACGUCCAGCAGUGCGGCUAGUUCUUUGAAGAAGCAGUACAUCCAGUGUCUCUAUGCCUUUGAGUGCAAGAUUGAGCGAGGUGAAGACCCCCCUCCAGACAUCUUUGCUGCUGCUGAUUCAAAGAAGUCUCAGACUAAGAUACAACCUCCAUCUCCAGCAGGUUCAGGCUCGAUGCAGGGGCCUCAGACGCCUCAGUCCACCAGCAGCUCCAUGGCAGAAGGAGGAGACCUGAAGCCUCCUACUCCAGCAUCUACACCACACAGUCAGAUGCCUCCUUUGCCAGGCAUCAGGAGUAACUCAGUGGGCCUUCAAGAUGCCUUUACAGAUGGCAGUGAUCCCACGUUCCAGAAGCGGAACUCCAUGACUCCAAAUCCAGGGUACCAGCCCGGCAUGAAUACCUCCGACAUGAUGGGUCGCAUGUCUUAUGAGCCAAAUAAGGAUCCUUACAGUAGUAUGAGGAAAGCUCCGGGAAGCGAUCCCUUCAUGUCCUCAGGGCAGGGCCCCAACAGUGCUAUGGGUGACCCUUACAAUCGUGCUGCAGGUCCAGGGAUGGGUAACAUGGCCAUGGGGCAGCGGCCACACUAUCCCUACGGCGGUCCUUACGACAGAGUGAGGACGGAACCAGGCAUGGGACCAGAGGGCAACUUAGCAGCUGGAACUCCACAGCCAAACAUCAUGCCUUCCACCUCGGAAUCGGGGAUGUAUUCUCCCAGCCGCUACCCUCAGCAGCAGCAGCAGCAAAGACAUGAUUCCUAUGGCAAUCAGUUCUCCACUCAAGGCACAUCCUCGGGCAGCCCCUUCCCUAGCCAGCAAACUACCAUGUAUCAACAGCAACAGCAGAAUUACAAGCGACCGAUGGACGGCAGCUACGGCCCACCUGCCAAGCGGCACGAAGGGGAGAUGUACAACGUCCCGUACAGUGCAGGGCAGGGGCAGACGCAGCAGCAGCUGCCUCCAGCACAGACUCAGCAACCGAGCCAGCAGCAGGCUGUGCAGCCUUCUCCACAGCAGGACCUGUAUAACCAGUAUGGGAGCACAUACCCUGCUGCUGACCGCCGAUCUGCGGGAGGGCCGCAGAACCAGUUCCCAUUCCAAUUUGGCAGAGACAGGGUCUCGGCUCCCCCAGGCUCCAAUGCUCAGCAAAAUAUGCCUCCCCAGAUGAUGGGGGGUCCCAUCCAGUCUGCUCCAGAAGGCCCCCAGCAAGGCGCCAUGUGGCAGGGGCGCAACGAAAUAGGGUACAGCUAUCCUAAUCGGCAGAGCGCUGGCUCUGCACCCCAGGGGCCUGCUUAUCACGGAGUGACUCGAACAGAUGAUAUACUGCAUUCAGAACAGAGGGUAAACCAUGAGGGACCAUGGCCUUCCCAUGGGAAUCGGCAGCCUCCGUACGGCCCCUCUGCCUCUGUUCCUCCAAUGACUAGGCCACCUCAGUCUAACUAUCAGACCCCUCCUAGCAUGCAGAAUCACAUUCCUCAGGUAUCCAGCCCAGCACCUCUGCCCAGACCUCUGGAGAAUCGCACUUCUCCCAGUAAAUCUCCAUUUCUGCACUCGGGGAUGAAAAUGCAGAAGGCAGGACCGCCAGUCCCCGCAUCGCACAUCACACCAGCAGCUGUACAGCCUCCCAUGAUACGAAGAGACAUCACCUUCCCACCAGGAUCAGUAGAAGCUACUCAACCUGUAUUAAAGCAAAGGAGGCGGCUGACAGCAAAAGAUAUUGGAACUCCUGAAGCUUGGAGAGUGAUGAUGUCUCUGAAGUCUGGGCUGCUAGCUGAAAGUACAUGGGCCUUAGAUACCAUAAACAUCCUGCUCUAUGAUGACAACAGCAUAAUGACCUUCAACCUCAGCCAGUUGCCAGGCCUGCUGGAACUCCUCGUGGAGUAUUUCCGGCGCUGCCUGAUCGAGAUCUUCGGAAUCCUGAAGGAGUACGAGGUGGGAGACCCAGGGCAAAGAACACUAUUAGAUCCCCAGAGGUUCUGCAGAUCUUCAGCUUCUUCUCAUGAGGAAGGGGAGGAGGAUGAGGAACUACAGAGCCUGAACUAUGAGGAGGAAGAAGAUGAUGAGGAAGAGGAGGUGGCUGCAUUUUCGAGCAAGGACAAAGCACCUCUGGAGUGCAGCGAGGAGAAAUUAGUUAGUAAAUUUGACAAGCUUCCGAUCAAGAUUGUGCAGAAGAAUGACCUGUUUGUGGUAGAUUAUUCAGACAAGCUGGGACGAGUGCAGGAGUUUGAGAGCGGCCUGCUGCACUGGCGGAUUGGUGGCGGUGACACUACUGAGCACAUUCAGACCCACUUUGAGAGCAAGAUGGAGCUACCUAUGAUUCACAAACGAGCGUCCUGCAAUUCUGUCUCGAGGAAACGCGCAGCAGCUGAGAGCAAUCCAAGCACUAGGGAAGGAGAGGCUCUUCCAUCUGACAGCUCCUCAGAGAAGAGAAUAACUGCCACCAUGGACGACAUGCUUUCAGCACGUCCAAGCUCAUUAUCAGGGGAGGAGGAAGAGGCCAAAGCUUCAGAAACAGAGAAGGAAAGUAAGUUUCCAUUUGGCAUUAGUCCAGCACAGAGUCACAGAAAUAUAAGAAUUCUGGAGGACGAACCUCACAGUAAAGAUGAGACGCCCCUCUGCACCAUCCAAGACUGGCAGGACUCUCUGGCGAAGCGUUGCAUCUGUGUCUCCAACAUCAUCAGGAGUUUAUCGUUUGUGCCAGGCAAUGACUUUGAAAUGUCCAAACAUCCCGGGCUGCUGCUGAUUCUAGGGAAACUGAUUCUUUUACACCACAAGCACCCGGAGCGCAAGCAGGCACCCCUGACCUAUGAGAAGGAGGAGGAGCAGGACCAAGGGGUGAGUUGCAACAAGGUGGAGUGGUGGUGGGACUGCCUGGAGGUGCUGCGUGAAAACACACUGGUCACGCUGGCCAACAUUUCUGGCCAGCUGGACCUGUCUCCUUACCCAGAAAGUAUCUGUUUGCCUAUCCUGGAUGGACUCCUCCACUGGGCAGUAUGUCCAUCAGCAGAGGCCCAGGACCCCUUUCCAACGCUGGGGCCGAAUGCGGUCCUCUCCCCUCAGAGACUGGUUUUGGAAACACUCAGCAAACUCAGCAUCCAGGACAACAACGUGGAUUUGAUUCUUGCAACUCCCCCUUUCAGUCGCUUGGAGAAGCUGUACGGCACCCUGGUGCGUUUCCUUAGUGACAGAAAGAACCUGGUGUGUCGAGAGAUGGCUGUGGUACUACUGGCCAACUUGGCACAAGGGGACAGCCUGGCAGCGAGAGCGAUUGCUGUGCAGAAGGGGAGCAUUGGCAACUUGCUGGGCUUCUUGGAGGACAGCCUGGCCGCCACGCAGUUCCAGCAGAGCCAGGCCGGCCUGAUGCACAUGCAGAGCGCGCCCUUUGAGUCGACGAGCGUGGACAUGAUGCGCCGAGCUGCUCGAGCGCUGCUCGCCCUGGCCAAGGUGGACGAGAACCACUCGGAGUUCACGUUGUACGAGUCGCGGCUGUUGGACAUCUCCGUGUCGCCUUUGAUGAACUCUUUGGUUUCACAAGUUAUUUGUGAUGUACUAUUUUUAAUUGGCCAGUCAUGACAGCUGUGGGAUCCGAGACCCUGUGUGCGUGUGCGUGAGUGGAGAACUUAGAAACUGACUGUUGCCCUUUAUUUAUGCAAAACCACCUCAGAAUCCACUGUCUGCCCUGCGCUGUCCUGCUUCUCCCUUGGGGAAAGAUGUCCCCAUUCCCUUACCCCUUCCCCUUGCCCUUCAAAUUUGUCCUGAAUCCCCUAUUAAAGGAGACAACGUUCUGUCUACAUAGAAGACUUUUUUUUUAUUUUAACCAAAGUUACUGUUGUUUACAGUGAGUUUGGGGAAAACGACUUGCCGUGUUAUCACAUUGACAGGCUCCACUUUCAUAACUUGUUUUUAAUGGUAAACUCUGAAGGACAAACAAAAGUGACUGCUGAACUCUGUGGUUUAUCGUUGUACAUUCACAAUCUUGCAGGAACCAAGAAGUUACCAGUUGUGAACAGACCUUAUCCAAGGGAGGCCUGUGCAGUAGCGUGUAGAACUUCAUGUACUGUACACCUUAAACUGUAAACAUACUGUAAUACUGUCUCACAUGAAAAAAAAAAAAAGCUGGAUCAACAGCAAGCUGUAGUUUUUAAAAAUGUUUUUAGUUAAUGUUGAGGAGAAAAAAGGCUUUUCCCCCAAAGUAUCAUGUGUGAACCUACAACACCCUGACCUCUUUCUCUCUUCCUCCUUGAUUGUAUGAAUAACCCUGAGAUCACCUCUUAGAACUGGUUUUAACCUUUAGCUGCAGCCUGAAUGCUGCCACGUGUGUAUAUAUCUAUGACGUUGUACAUUGCACAUGCCCUAAGAUUCCUUGCAGUUUUGUUCCCCUUUCCCCACCCCUUUCUAGUAUGACGAGUUAACGAGUUGAUGACCUGCAAAAGCGAGACACAAUUAUUUAAUCUCUUGCCAGACAUCCCUCCCUGGAGGAUGCUGUACAGGUCUCUGUGUAUAAAGUCAUUGCUGUCUCAGCAGCCAAUCAACUUAUAGUUUAUUUUUCCUGUUUUUGUUUUCUUUCUAAUCGAGGUGUGAAAAAGUUCUAGGUUCAGUUGAAGUUCCUGAUGAAGAAACACAAUUGAGAUUUUUCAGUGAUGACUUCUGCAUAUUUGUAUUUCAGACGAUGUAGCUAAAAACUUGAUGUAAAUUCCUCCCUUUUUUUCCUUUUUGGCUUAAUGAAUAUCAUUUAUUCAGUAUGAAAUCUUUAUACUAUAUGUUCCACGUGUUAAGAAUAAAUGUACAUUAAAUCUUGGUAA